ACAUCACCCUCGUGGUUCAUAAACAUCCUCAGUCGCAUUUCCUCCUAUCUAGAUUCUCUUCCCCCUUGGAACACACCAUCCAGACCACCCGCACCUGUCAAGACGCGUCAACUCUCCCAAAAACGAUGCCCGAAGAAACCUUGAAAGCGGGGCACUUCCAGACCCUCACCUUCGAAUCUCCCAAACGCAUCGUCAUUACCGACACCCUCUAUGGCACGCACGAGAUUCGAGAGCCCGUCCUAAUUGACCUCCUCAAGUGUCCCGACCUCCAACGCUUGAUCGGCAUCGGUCAGCACGGCGUCACAGGCCACCUGGGCUUACUCCCCGGCGCCGUUAAGAUCACGCGCUUCGAGCACUCGGUGGGCGCCUGUCUCCUUGUUCGUUCUCGCGGCGGCACUCUCGAAGAGCAAGUGGCCGCUCUCCUGCACGACAUCAGCCACACCGUCCUCAGUCAUGUCGUCGAUUGGGCCUUGUCCAACCCGGACGAGGAAAGCUUCCACGAGGUCCACAAGGCCCGAUAUCUCCAGACGACGCGCAUUCCCGACAUUCUCAUCCAGCAUGGACUGCCUCUGACGGUCCUACAUGAAGAGCAGUACCCGCUCGUCGAGCUGCCGGCGCCGCACCUCUGCGCGGACCGUCUGGAUUACUCGCUCCGCGAUGGGCUGGCCUUCGGAAAACUGGACCAGGAUCGUGUGUGUGAGCUGCUGCUGUGCUUGCGUGCCUUUCCAAAUCCGACAGCCAAAAACCGCAUUCUCGUCCUUGAGAACCGGCGCGUGGCGCUCUGGUUUGCGCGGGUCUACAUCCAGAUCGACCAGGAGGUGUGGUCCAAUCCGGCCCAUGCAGACAUGUACAGGCGCACGGGGAAGCUGAUUGGGGAUCUCGUCCGGGGUGGUCUUAUGUCGGAGGAGACGCUUUGGAAGCUCUCGGAUCAGGAAUUCUGGGGCUUGUUGUUGCGUCUGGCGGAUUCGGAUGGGGUGGCGAUGCUGAAGAGGUUCGAGGCCGAGGGGUUGAUGGAGGAGAAAGGCCUGCUUCUUCCGAAGAAUGCCAAAAUCAGAACAGUGGAUCCUGAUGUUUGGGAGAAUGAGUAUGUCCCCUCGCCUUUGUCGAAGUUGAAUCCCGAGUGGGCGGCGGAGCGUCAGGCAUACAUUGCUCGUCGGGAAGCGACACGGGAGUUGGACUGAAUUUGAGUUAUGUACGUCUGCGAAGGUCUGGCCUGGUUACUUCAGGAUCAGUCUUUGGCUUUAUGGCAGUUCACGAAAGACUGGCUGCUUUCUCUUCUAACUAGUUACAACCAUACAUGCAGGUGCAUGAUAAGUUACAGAGAGUAGCCACGAACAAUGAGUCUCAUAGGACAGAACGAUCAAGCAUGGUUUUCAAGCUAACCUGAAUCUAAUCUACCUCAUGGCAUCGACUCUAGCCAUAGCGCGCGUCUUUAGGCUCGUCAUCGAACCAGACAGGAGGAACGCCAUGAUUGAUG